GAGCGGAGCGGCUCGGCUGAAUCACGCACACACACGCGGAAACACGCACACGGCCACCAGCGCCCACCGCGCGCAAACACAAAGUGUUUUAUUUCCUUUCACUCCUUCUUCAGGAGUUUCGUUUGAAGCCGCAGACCGACGGUGUUCGCGGUGUCGCCGGCAGGUCGGAGAACUGAACUUCUUCCUCCAGAAUCUCUGCUGAAAGUUGGAUUACAGCGCAGCGACCUGAACUGAGAGGGAAUAAAGCUGCUCAGAGGAUGAGCGUCUGGGAUAUCAGCGGAGCUCAGUGCUGUCAACGAGUGGGAACCAAAGUCCUGGAAGAUGAAACGUGCAGGACGUCUCUGCAUCGAGUCUUGUUCCUUGUUUUGAAAAGUGGAUGAUAGAUUGAAGAUCACAGGCACAUCUGCAGGCUGGGUGGUUGUUGUUUUUUCAAAGAGGCUGUGUGGCGCAUGUAGAUAAGCCCCUUAUGAGGUGAAAAGCCCUCCCCAUUCUGCAGUUUCCCCUCCCAGCACCACCGGCAGGAAUAAGGGAUGUCACGGCUGUUCCUCUUUUUGGCAGUCCUCAUCGUCUCGUGCAGCAUCCAGAUGUCUCCUGCUGCUACCCUGGAUAAACUGAAGGACGACUGGAAACGGUAUAGGACAGAAUGUGAAUACAACAACAGUCAAUACCCACCCAGCAGUGGUCUUGUGUGCAACAGGACGUUUGACGACUAUGCCUGCUGGCCUGAUGGAUUCCCCAACACUACCGUCAGUGUGGAGUGCCCGUGGUAUUUACCGUGGCACCAUAAAGUACAACACGGCAUGGUAUAUCAGGACUGUGAUGCCAACGGCCAGUGGGUGACCAAAUACAAUACCACCGAGUGUGAAAUCCACAGUACAAACCAGAUUUAUUAUAGAUGUAUCCGGAUCAUGUACACAGUGGGUUAUUCCUUGUCCUUGGUGGCGCUGGUACUGGCUCUUGGUAUUCUCAUAUUUUUCAGAAAACUUCACUGCAUGAGGAACAACAUCCACAUGAACCUGUUUGCUUCCUUCAUCCUGCGAGCCCUUUCGGUUCUAAUCAAAGAUGCUCUGCUGGAGGCCAACUUCACAUCGCAAAAGAUCAGCGGAGACAGGGACCAGGGGUUCCCCAGUGAAUCGAUACCCCCAGUGGAGCUGCUGACCACAAUUAGCUGUCGCACUGCCUUGGUGAUGAUGCAGUACAGCAUCAUGGCCAACAGCUACUGGCUGCUGGUGGAAGGCAUCUACCUCCACAACCUGCUGGUCAUUACUGUGUUCACGGAGAGGAACUACUUCAAAAUCUACCUGUGCAUUGGUUGGGGAACACCAUUGAUAUUCCUUGUUCCUUGGGCAGUCUCUAAAUAUUUAUAUGAAAAUAAAGAGUGCUGGGAGCAAAACACAGACAUGGAUAUCUGGUGGAUAAUCCGAGGGCCGAUUCUGCUUGGCGUUGUGAUCAACUUUAUUAUCUUUAUACAUAUCAUCAAAAUUCUUGUCUCGAAACUUCGAGCACACCAAAUGAGAUACACAGAUUAUAAAGUCAGGUUGGCGAAAUCAACUUUAACACUGAUUCCUCUUCUGGGUAUCCAUCAGAUCGUCUUCAUCUUUCUGCCUGAGGAGACCACCAACAAGAGCUUGCAUUUACAUCUCACUAAGCUCUUCGUCGACCUCUUUUUCUCCUCCUUCCAGGGUCUCCUGGUGGCGAUCUUGUACUGUUUUGUCAACAAAGAAGUACAAUCUGAGAUCCUGAAGAAGUGGAAGCGCUGGAAGCUAGGGAGGAACAUCGAGGAGGAAUAUCGCCACACCUACAGCAAUUCCAACAACACUAAGACGGCCAGCCUGCUGAAUCACAUCCCUCGGCUUCCCCACCUCCCAGACAUCGGCAAAUCUUCUGGCCCGGUCUGCAGCCCCGAAGAGCAAACGUGGCUCGUGGCUCGCUGCCACAACGGGAUGGUCCACGGCAAGGAGACGGAAAACUCUGGCUCGCAGCACAACGAAGGAACCAGCAACUGCACUCUUGUGGAGGACAUCAGCCAGUCCGGGAAGACGCAGUGUUUUGAGGCUCAGAGAGAGAACGUGGAGAGCCACCUUUGAAAGAAACAAAGAGAAAGGAAUGAACAAAGGGAAAGUUAGACGGCUUUGAGCUCUGAUGGAGCUCUGACUGAAAGCCCUAGUUGGGUUUUGAAGAGGUGUGCCGACUGAUUCACUCGUGGGAGCAGUCGUCCGUCAUCAGUGUCACCGGGAGACGCAGCGGCUCUCGGCCCUGUAAUAUGACAGCCGCAUGGCAGGCGUCCAGACCAGGAUGCUCAGUGUACUCAGUGCUCUUGUGAAUGGAUGUUUUGUCAUUUUAAUAUAGGAACCUACUGCCUGUUGAACAAUUUUACAAACAAUAUUAAAAAAACACACAAAUGACUACAAUAGAAAAACAAAAACCCAAAAAACACACCAAGUCCCGGCGUGAGUCUUUGCUUCAGUGUUUGCCGUCUGACAAAUGUGUGUUUUGUGGUACAACAAACUGGACAUUGGACUGCGCACACAAUAAACAAGACCAAAUGACACUGAACAAGAAGGACAGAAGGGAUUGCUUUUUGUACUCUAUAUGUUCUGCUCUGGUGCGUGUUUGUUGCUGUCUUGUUCAUACUGAUUUUAAUGAAACUGUACAGAGAAAGGAAGAAAAACAAACAUUCUGGGGACUUUACAGUGAGGUAACCACAGUUAUUGUGGAUGGGAAAAAGGCAGCUGCUCACCCUACCUGGCAUAGAAAAACAAAUAAGAUUGAGGUGUAAAGAACUAAAUGAAUGACAUUGCUUUUCUUUUGGUAUUGCUUAGUGUUACAGUUUUAUAUUGGUCACAGUUGUGAAAGUAUUAAUACCCCUUUUCACAUUUUGUUGCAUUACAAAAACACAAAUUUCAAUGUAUUUUGUUGGAAUUUUAUGUAAAAGACAAUCAGAAAGAAGCACAUUAUUGGCAAACUAAAGACAAAAUAUUUAAUGUUUUUAUUUUUGUUUUAAAAAUAUUAAUCUGAAAAAAGUGGUACGCAUUUAUAGCCUUGCCGCUGUCAUAAUGUUUUAGCUACUCUAUAUAAAUCCUAGUCUUUGUCUGUUGCUUAGAGAGCAAGUCUUUCCUUCUUGUACACUUAACAUUGAAGUUAACUCUGAUUGUUUAGUUUAUUUUUGAUUCUUCUUUUAGCAUCCUGUUUUCUGCUUUCAGGGUGAACUUGCUGCAAUAAGUAGACUUAUGCGUUUCAGCAGUUGUUUUAAAUAUCCUCCAUGUAUAGACUGUUUUCUGGAAAUGGCUUAUUUUUAUUCUUUUGAGACCUCUUUAAGUUCAGUAUAAGAUUCAGAAGAUCCUACAAUAUUCAUCUUAAAGGUUGCAGACAGCUCUUCAGAUCCAACCAUGGUGUUCAACUCUCAGUUCAGCCAUCGAAAGCACACCAAGCUAAAUGUCUGAGAUUUAAAAAAAUACAAAACGCCUUCAAAACGCCGGCUAACUGCAAUAAGCUUAUGUGUACAUUUAGUCUUUUAAAACAGAAAUUUAUGUGGGGCGUCCUGAUUUAUUUCUCAAUGCGUUGAUGUUUGUUAUUUACAUUUUGCAGAAAUAUUCGAUGGAUGGAUGUUUCUAAAGGCGAUGUUGCACUGGAUUUUAUUUAUGGGCAUCAGUCUAAAGGAGAAUGAAGAUGCAUGCAACACAAAUUUCAGAUUUUUUUUUUUUUAAUUCGCAAAAUUAGAAGACAACAUGUCUCAUCAACAGUUUUGGUUGAUUUGCCACGUAAAAUAUCAAUAAACAGACUGAAGUUUGUGCUUUUAAUAUGACAAAAUGUAAAAAAAAUAAAUAAAAAAAUAGUCAAAGGGGUAAGACCUUUUGCAAGGCACCUUAAACUGUAUGUAGAAAAAGUGCCAACCAUGUGCCGCUAUAAUCAAUGCAAAAACAAGCCAUCAAACAACCAAGUGAAGCCACAUUUCCAUCACGUCAAAAUGGAUCAGUGUCACUCAGUGUGACCCAGCACCUCCAAAUCAGUGUGUGUUUGCAGUAUUACAAUUUAUCAGAUACGUAGAGGUAUAACUACCAACUCAUGAGAAUCAUUCACAGAGUAUUAACAUAUGCCAUAAAGUGACAUCAAAUACCUUACAAAUGUGAGUCCGAAGGUGCUAGUGAUUACAUAUUUCUCCAUGGUCAGUGUUUACCAUGCAACCACAUCCUGGAGGUAGAACAAAGCUUCUCCACUUAGCUUUUAGAUGCUAAUGUUAGCGGUACAGUUGCUUGUAGAUAAAAAGCGAGGACCACCUACAGAGCAUAAAUCAAGCUUUGAGUUCUUAGCAGAUCUGUGUGAGCUACUUAACAUGAUUUUUGUAUGAAUGACUAUUUGGACAGUGUUAAUUUAUAACAGCUAAAUAUUAUAUGCACAUAUGUGAGAGUUUAUAUGCAUAAUUUAGCCUUCUUGUGAAUGUUUGUUUAUACAAGGUAUGGAUACUUUUGACGUUAUUAUUCCAGAUAUGUGGAUGUAUUACACUAAGAGGAAAUACAUCAGCAGCCAAAAGGCUGCUGAAGAAAAAAAGAGGAGCACAGAGGUUAAAGGCCGAUACAAAUCAGUCCCACUCUGGCAUUUAGCAGAACAGGAUCACAGGACAUUCCCAGAAUUCAUAGUUCGUAAAGAAGAAAGAGCUCUGUCCUUUAUUUCAAAGCCCUGAUGGACCUCAGAGCAAAUUUGAGCACUACAGCAACAUUUUUGUUGUGUCAGAUAAUUGUUCUGCUCCCAGCCAGUUUCUACCGUUGAGUGGGUAGAAAAAAAAAUGCAGGCAGAAGCUAUUUUCCAUCAGCAUCUGCCGAGGGUUGUCACAGAGUAAGUAGACAUCCAAUAAUUGAGCUGGGAGCACGGUGCUCACACGGGUGCUGCAGAAGUGGAGGGAAAUGCUUGCACACUCAAAACAGAUGAGUAAUGACUGGUUCCAGCAAAACAGAUGUAUAUUGCUUUUUUUUCAUUUCAAAGUAAAAUCUGUAUUUUAACAAACUCUGACUUGUAAAGAUGGGUUUGGGUCAUUCCUCUUUGUCUGAAUGUAUUCUUGGAAAGGCUCAAAUCAAUAUGUUUCUUUACUCUUGCAGUCACGGUGGUUAUGUAAAGUGUGAACAGGUCAGUGGAAGCUGACCACAUUCAGGUGUAAACAGUCUGUCAAAUAUUGUGUUAUAUCUGUACAAGUGGUCAAAGAAUUAAAUUUUAUGUAUGUGAAAUAUGAA